AUGCCUUUGGUUCGUAGCCGACAGAUCGUCAGUAAAUACUACAGCACUGCCUCCAUUGGGUAUGCCAGCUUCGAUGAAGCGGCUCGGGCUGAGGACACUGUCAAGAUGGGGCACCCGAGUUUCUUCAGAUUUAACGGAGACGAUCGAGACUACGUCGUCUCGAUUGUCACUGGACCGGGAGACAAAUCGAACUGGGAGCUGGACACGGAUAUUUGCCGCGACGACAAAUAUGCGCUGCUAGCGAAGAAGGAGCCGGAUGUUCAAAUUCUGAGGCACUUGGUCUAG